GGUAAAGAUGGCGACGAAGCGGCUAGUGUGUAUAACUAUUAAGGGAAGAUGACGAACAUAAACACAGUAACUAACUUUACAGCGAAGUGGUCGACGGUCAACAUUUGGGUGGGGUUAAACAUAAGUGAAACUUGUUAACUCGGCGGAGGUUUAUCUAAUAAAUUCGGUCCGUGGCUGGAGUGUUGGUUCCUAAUGGAGGAUAUAAAUUCGAACAUAAACGCGGACUUAGAGGUGCGGAAGCUUCAGGACCUGGUGAAGAAACUCGAGCAGCAAAAUGAGCAGCUGCGGAGCCGCUCCGCCCUGCUGUCCUCCACCGGCGGCAUUGCGUCCAACAACAGACCUCUGAGCGCCGGCUACGAGUCGUUAUCGGCGGGGCUGGCCGGCUUCACCGGGGCGGGGUUCGGCGGCUUACGGAAUUUCGGAGCGGCGUCUGUGGAGAACGCGCGGUGUCUGAGUCCCAGACGCUCUUAUCACGGCAGCUACGGAUCACCAUAUGAAAGUGACAGUUCUCCUGCUAAUAACAUUCAGUAUUAUCGAGACUCUGUGGAUUACGAUGAGAGAGAGACUUCGGUUUUGGAUGAGGUGGAGAUCCUUGAUCUCGAAGACAUGGACUGUCUGAAUGAGGACGAGGACAGCUGGUUGUAUGAGGCAAAGUUGAACAGCCCUCUUCAGAAAGCUCUCAGCCCCAUUGUGUGGUGCAGGCAAGCCCUGGACAACCCUAGCCCUGACAUGGAGUCAGCCAAACGCUCCCUCCUCCACAGACUCGACCUUACUAUGUCAGCGAAUAAGAGGCGGAGUUUGUAUGGCAGUACCUACAGCCCUCAGAUAGGCUAUGGGAGCUCUUGCAGUCCAAAUGCAGCCAACAGCCCAUACAGCAGUGGUUUCAACUCCCCUUCCUCCACUCCCUCCAGAGUGCCUAUCGUCAAGCAGCUAGUACUGCCUAGCAGCACAGCAGGUCAUCAGCGUGGCUCAGCAGACAGAAACCCUCCAGCGAUAAGUCCUCAGUCCUCAGUGGACAGUGAACUGAGCACAUCGGAAAUGGACGAGGACUCGGUGGGUUCUUCCACCACCUACAAGCUCAAUGACGUGACCGAUGUGCAGAUUCUUGCACGGAUGCAGGAGGAGAGCCUGCGUCAAGACUACGCUGCGACAGCGUCACGCCGCAGCUCGGGCUCAUCGUGUCAGUCUUUACGGCGUGGCGCUCUCAGCGAUAACGAGCUGGACGCCCAGAGCCUGGAGGACGACGAGGAGGCAGCACUGCACAUGCCCUACCACCAUCCAUCCAUUAACCGCUUCAGCCCCUCCCCUCGUGUCUCACCCCGCGUCUCACCUCGACACUCUCCUCGCUCACGCUCACCUGUUCGUGCCUCACCGCAGCCAAUAAUCAGCCGUCUGCAGCAGCCCCGCCUCUCACUGCAGGGCCAUGCCCAAGAGCCUCAAACGAACACCAUCAAAAAUGAAGAGAAAUUGCGGCGUAGUCUUCCCAACCUGACGCGUUCCAGUUCAGGCCCUAUUGCUGAACCUGUCAAAAACAGUCGCAGCAUGGAAUCCAACCUCCAAGUGCCAAAUGGAUCUCCCCGACACCAGAGCCAGUCAGCAACAGCUCAGAACCAAAGGCUUUCCGGGCCAGCUCGUGCCUCUCCGAAACCCAAAGAGCGGCUGCAGAGCCCCAGUUCUUUACGAGUCCCGCCAAGUAGUAAGUUACGGACUCCAGCAGCCCCAUCACCACUGGCCCUACGACAGCCAAUGAAGGUGGUGUCUAAUCCUGGCUCCGGCACAUCCACACCCACACGCUCUUUGGCUCAACCCCGCAGUGCUCUGCCCCGACCCGGUGGCACUGCUGCUGGUGGUUUACCUGUGCCUCGUAGUAAACUGGCCCAGCCUGUGCGCAGGUCUCUGCCAGUUCCACGCACCUACGGUGGUGUCAGAGAUGAGAGCUGGCGAGAGGGCUGCUACUGAGCAGGAUCCAAACCUACAGCACAGAUAGACUAUCCAACCUGGCACUUUACCAAUCAACCAUUUUAAACCACACAAAUGUGCUAGCGACAAACUCAACAUCCCCAUACAAUCAAAAUUGUAAGCAAAUUCUCAUAAUGGUGAGAGUUCCACUAUCACGACUGGCUGGAGAUCUGGGAAUGCCAAAGAAACCAAGUGAGAUGUACCCAUCCUGCCCUGGCCCUUAUCUUUCAUCAAUCAUAAAGAGCUCCUACAGAGAGAACAAAACAAAUAAAAGCGUUGCUCUUGCA